GCAGGAAACUCUUCAUCUGGUUUUCGAAUGAACUAUAUACCUAACAAGAGAUUGGUCGUGAAGCCGUCGGCGACAAGUGUUUUUUCUCCUUCGUUUCUCCAAUGCGGCCAAUCCGGUUGAGGAGAAUGUAUAAAAGACAGCGAGCAGUUUGGUAUUUUGCCCAGUCAGUCGACACACACCACCCAACAAGAUGUUUUAUCUUCGGUAUUGUUUGAGCUUCGCCGUCUUGUUCCAGAGCGCAAUCGCCGCACCGACGAAUUUCUUGCAGCCGUUUGAAAGCUUUUUCAAUCAGCAGAAAGUUCGAAGUCUCAGCGAAACGGAAAUUAAAGCUCGCAGCAUCGACACCAACGCCGGUAUUGGAAAGGAGCGCAAUUUCUUCGACGAUUUCAAAAUCCCCGAUGAUAUCGGAAACAAUUUCCCGCAGUACAUGGAACCCACCAAAAGUGAAACGGAAUCUGGCCAAACAUCUCAGACUGCCCGAAUUCCUCAGAAAAACGAAUAUUACAGCUAUUCUUUCAGUACGCCGGUAGAAGACGUCUCGGGAGAUGACGUCAUUGCGGUAGUCAACGUGAAACACUCACCCAAAGUGUAUUUUUAUCAGGUUGCAGAAGCUGGCCCUCGCCAUCUGAAAGUGAUGUAUUUCACCGGAUUCCCGAACCGACAACGCGUGAGGAGCGACACUAACUAAAAACAAAGGCAAUUGCUUGUUUUUUUGCUCUUUUUUAUGUUAUUUCUUGUUAUUAUUCGUGAACCAAGAUGUUGACAUUCUUGGUCUUUUCCGCACUUCUGUUCCUCAUCAUUCCAUCCACCCUCACGAAAGCCAUAUUGUUGAAUACAUUUGCAUGUUCGUCUCCUUAAAAAAAAGAAAAAAAAAAGAAAAAAGAUAAACAUUCAUAUGGGCCGUUCAUAGUUGUAACGGUUAAACAGCUCAAAUGUCAGGCAAUAAGGUAAACAUCAUGUUAUCUCUGCGGUUUGCAAUAACAACUAUUGGUGCAACAGCCCAUUUGAGACUGUGCAACAAAAAACGAGAACCUUUGUGACUAGUUGACCGUCGGCCAUACUUGGCAACAGUUCGGCUGCAUUUUUUUUUUAUGUGUUAAAAAAGAAAGUCUUUGAAAGAAGGGGAAAAAACGUGAAUUGAGAGAAACAAUUGAAAAAAAAAAAAUGUCGAUUUUCUUCAUGGAUAAUCAUGAAGAAUCCGACUCCUAUGAAGAAUCCGACUCCUAUGAAGAUUCAGAGGACUCUGAAGAAUCAGACUACUACGAAGAGCAAGAUUACAACGAAGAACAAGACUACUAUGAAGAACAAAACUACUCCUAUUUCUGUGACGGGAAGACGACGAUGGUGAAGGCGACAAUAAGGAAGGGGACGAAAAAAACGAUAACGGCGAAGGAGAAGAAAAAAACGAUAACGGCGAACGAGAAGAAAAAAGCUUUAGCGGCGAAGAAGAAAAAAGCUUUAGCGGCGAAGAAGAAAAAAGCUUUAGCGGCGAAGAAGAAAAAAGCGUUAGCGGCGAAGAAGAAAAAGCUUUAACGACGACGAAGAAGAAAAAAGUGUUAGGUGCGAAGGCAAAAGCGAAGGCGAAGGCGCUGGUAAAGGCGAGGCGAUAACGAAGGUGAACACGGCGUUAAGACGGAGAUGACCCGGUGAUAGACGUGAAGACGGCGACCACAUGAUGAUGAAGACAAAGACGACGAUGAGGCGACUACAAGGGCUUUCUUUUUGUACCUUGUUAACAGAUGUAAAGAAACGGAUUCCCGAACCGACAACGCGUAAGGAGCGACACGAACUAAAAGGCAAUUGCGUCUCUCCUUUUUUUAAUUAUUUUUUGUUAUUAUUCAUAAACCCAGAUGUUGACAUUCUUGGUCUUUUUCCCGCAAUUCUGUUCCACGUAAUUCCAUCCCCACCUCACGAAGCCAUAUUGUUGAAUAUUUCGAGUGUUCGCCUCCUUCAAAAAAAAAAAAAAAAAAAAAAGAUGAAAGAUAAACAUUCGUAUCGGU